GAAGAUAAACCAAGCCGCUUCAAACUGGGGUCGCCUGCAAAUCCGGAGCCUCCGGAUCAGCCACGCAUGCAGCGGGUGCCACCGCUGCUGUAGAUCCGCGAUGUAUCGAGUUCUGUGGAUGAAUCCGCACGCCUGCGCACAGCCAUGCGUGAUGCGUGCGAGCCCGCGCAUGCGUCUCGCGGCGGAGCUGUGAGCGCCCCCCCCCCUUCUCAUGCGCACCGUGGGGGUUCUCCAGGUGCUCCGCAUUCACUCGACGUGGAGUCAAACGCUCGUUGUCUGGAGAUCGGCCGAGCAUCGCAGGUUGCAGCAGGACCUCGCCGAAUGAAAUAGAGCCGCGAGACUCGGCGCGGCGUUCCUCGGCGAUAUCAACUACAGGGUGACGCGGAACACCGCACCUCCGAUUAGCACGGUUGGCUACGUACGGUGCGAAAGAAGUGCAACAUACACACACCUGGCGGAAGGAGGGUGACUGGACCCCACGUGCUGAUGGCGGCCGUGAAUCUAACGGUUCUACGGAUCGAUAGGCAAACGGUGCGAUCCGUCAUCUGACCUCUGAGCGGUUCGCGUGUGGAUGGGGGGCCGGAAAGGACGAUGAGCAGGUCCAGCAGCCGCAGCCACGGGAAGCAUCGCGCAUCCCCUGCACUCUCUCUCUCUCCGUCUCCUGCGCCCCGAGGUGAGCAGCGAGGACCAGGGACACGAAGGGAACGGGGGGAGGGGCAUCGUGAACAACGGGGGGAGGGGCAUCGUGAACAACCCGGGAACGCGGCGUGAGAGGGGAGCGAGCUGAGCCAGAACCAGCCCACGGUGAUUCCUGGAGCCGCCGCCGCCGCGCCGAUCAUGCGGAUCUUGUGAGCCGGGCUGGGACGGAGGCAUUCGGGGUCCCCUUCGCAGAACUGCCGCAGAGUGAACGAGGAUUCCUGCCUCGCGGAGACGGACGAGGCGAGAAGAGUCUGCGAAGAACGAGCGAAGAGGGGGAAGGAGUGAAGCGAGAAAAGUAUUUGCUGUUGAGAUAGGGAGAGAGGAGGGCGAAAGGAGGUCCGAGGGGCCAAGUGUUUAAUCGAGCUCGCUCACUCGUGACCCCCCCCCCCCCUUCGCGCACCAUGCCGGCCUCACCUCGGCCGUCCGCGUGGCUCUGGCUGUGCGCUCUGGGGCUGCUCCUGAGUCACGCCGCGCGGCCCUCGCUGGCCGCCGUCUUCACGAACCACUGGGCCGUCAAGGUGACGGGGGGGACGACCGAGGCGGACCGCAUCGCCAGCAAAUACGGCUACAUCAACCUGGGCCAGAUCGGCUCGUUACGGGACUACUACCACUUCCACCACAGUAGGGUGAUGAAGCGCGCAACCGUGAGGAGCCGCGGGGCCCACACCUUCAUCGAGGCAGAGCCGCAGGUGGAGUGGGUGGAGCAGCAGGUGGUGCGGAGGAGGAGCAAGCGCGACUUUAAGACGGUCUCCGUGGCAACGCUCCUCUUUAACGACCCCAAGUGGUCCAGCAUGUGGUACCUGAACUGCAGUGACAGAGGCUACAACUGCCGCUCGGACAUGAACGUGAUGGCGGCGUGGCGGCGUGGCUACACGGGCCGCAACGUCGUGGUCACCAUCCUGGACGACGGCAUCGAGCGCAACCACCCCGACCUCGUCGACAACUACGACCCGCUGGCGAGUUACGACGUGAACGGAGAUGACCUGGACCCCAUGCCUCGCUACGACAUCAGCAACGAGAACAAGCACGGGACCAGGUGUGCCGGGGAGGUGGCGGCCACAGCGAACAACUCCAUCUGCGUCUCCGGAGUGGCGUACAACGCGCGGAUCGGCGGUGUGCGCAUGCUGGACGGCGAGGUGACGGACAUGGUAGAGGCCACGGCGCUCAGCGUCAACCCGCAGCACAUCGACGUGUACAGCGCCAGCUGGGGUCCCGACGACGACGGUCGCACCGUGGACGGGCCGGCCACGCUCGCUCGCCGGGCCCUCGAGACCGGCAUCCGCAAGGGCCGGGGCGGCCUCGGCUCCAUCUACGUGUGGGCCUCGGGCAACGGCGGGCGCAGCCGCGACCACUGCUCGUGCGACGGCUACACCAACAGCAUCUUCACCAUCUCCAUCUCGAGCUCCACGGAGAGUGGCAAGAAGCCCUGGUACCUGGAGGAGUGCGCCUCCACACUGGCCACCACCUACAGCAGCGGCGAGGCCUACGACCGCAAGAUCAUCACGACGGACCUGCGGCAGAAGUGCACGGACGGCCACACGGGCACCUCGGCGUCUGCGCCCAUGGCGGCCGGGAUCAUCGCCCUUGCCCUCGAGGCCAACCCCGGGCUCACGUGGCGCGACGUGCAGCACAUCGUGGUGAAGACUUCACGCUCCAACAACCUCCACGCUCCCGACUGGAAAACCAAUGGGGCCGGACACCGGGUGAGCCACUUGUACGGGUUUGGGCUGAUGGACGCGGGCGCCAUGGUGAUGGAGGCGGAGAAGUGGCGGCCGCUGCCCCCGCAGCACGUGUGCGUCGAGUCGGCGGAGCGCAGCAACCGGCUCAUCCGCUCGAGCCAGACCCUCACGGCCGUGCACCAGGCCACGGGCUGCGCCGACAACGCGGCGCAGCGCGUCGUCUUCCUGGAGCACGUGGUGGUGCGCGUCACCAUCUCCCACCCGCGUCGCGGCGACCUCUCCAUCUACCUCACGUCGCCCUCCGGCACCAAGUCCCAGCUGCUGGCCAAGAGGGCCUUUGACAACUCCCAGGAGGGCUUCAAGAACUGGGAGUUCAUGACGUCGCACUGCUGGGGAGAGAGAGCGGCCGGCACGUGGACGCUGGAGAUCCACGACAACCCCUCCAACUACUUCCGCAACCCCCGCGUGCUGGGCAAGCUGAAGGAGUGGUCUCUGAUCCUGCACGGCACAGCGGAGCCCCCCUACACGUGGCAGGGCGGCGCGGGGGGCCCGGCGGGGAAGGUGGAGCGCGACCGCUCGCCCGAGCCGGCCAACCCCACGGAGCACGCGGCGGCGGCGCACGACGUCGAAUACGAGGACUACUCAGAGGAGACCGAGUACAGCGCAGGGCUGUGUCAUGCCGAGUGCGACAGCCAGGGCUGUGACGGACCGGGCGAGGACCAGUGCAUGAGCUGCGCCCGCUGGAGCCUGCGACUGCGGGGCGGCGGGAGGAAGUGCCUGUCGGAGUGCCCGAUCGGCUUCUUCGGCGACGGCGACACGCGGCGGUGCCGGCGGUGCUCGCGCGAGUGCCGGGCGUGCUCCGGCGCCGGCCUCGAGCGCUGCUCCGAGUGCCGCACCGGAUACUUCCGGCAGGAGGGGCCGGGCCCGCAGUGCAUGGCCGCCUGCAGCGACGGAUUCUACCUGGACACAGCGGCAAUGAUGUGCCGGCGGUGCACCGAGAGCUGCGAGCGCUGCGUGGGGGCGGCCGAGCGCUGCACGAUGUGCCGCAACGGGCUCAGCCUCCACGGCUCCAUGUGUGUGCCCAAGUGCCAGGAGAGGACCUACUUCAAUCUGCAGGAGACGCGCUGCGAGCCCUGCCACCCCUCGUGCAACACCUGCGCAACCGGGGGGCAGUACUCGUGCCUGAAGUGUGCGGCCGGCUACCUGAGGCAGGACGGGAUCUGCGUGCCGGACUGCAGCCCCAGCUACUACCGUGAGGAGGUGGAGGAGGGCGCCGAGCCCAGCUGCGACAAGUGCGAGGUGAGCUGCGUGACGUGCAGCGGGCCCACGGAUCGCAGCUGUACCAGCUGCAGCGAGGGCCAGAGCCUGGAGGCUGGGGCGUGCGUGGCCGUGUACACCUGCCGCGACUCGAGCGGAGAGACGGUGGACACCAGCUUCUGCUACCUGGUCAAGGUGAACAACCUCUGCAGCAGGAAGGUCUUGCAGCAGCUCUGCUGCAGGACCUGCUCCAACCGCGGCUAAGCCGAGCGGCCCUGCUGCCCGCCGUCGUCCCUUGGCCCACCGUCGCUCGCCGGGUCCGCCCUCGGCCACCUCCACCGGUCGUCGCGGGGCCCGGUCCGGCGUGGGGCGUCCCACGUCCCCCGAGGGUCGAGGGACGUCUCCUCGGAUUGUCCGUGGUCUCGUCGAGGCUUUUCCCUGGUUUCCCCGGGGCCUCGUGGGCGGCGGUUAUGUGGGGGCGCGGGGAGGUGACGGGGCCUGCUCUUCCGGCCAGGUUUCACUUCCCGGAGAAUUUUCCUCUCGGCCCUUAAUGGCUAAACUUUACUAAACAACAAAAAACAACACGAGGAAAUGUUUUAAAGGGGGUGGAAGUAAGUGGCAAAAAAAUAUAUCGGCAACAGCGGCCACGACGGAGAGAG